CACUCCGAGCAGUGCGAGACACAGAGACAGACGCACACAUUCUCUCUCUCCCACUCUGCCUGUCUUUCUUCCACGCAAACACACACACACAUGCUCAUGCACGCAGGCGGCAACUUUCCUCUGUCGGACUGACACAACACACACGCCAGGAUAAGACACACUCUCCUUGCUACAGUGGAGAAGAGGAUAAGGAGUGACAGAUCAGGAGAAAAAAAAAUCAGAAAAGACGAGGUUCCCAGGUGAAGAGGAGGAUCGAGCCCACGUUUCAUCUUUUUCAAGAUGGCAAACCUUGUGACAUCGUUGUGCUGUGUAGUUCUGGCCGCAGUGGUGGUAGCCUACGCUCAGAGACGCAGUCAGCUCGUUGGUAGAAACCAGUAUGAGAAAAUGGGCAGCGACGUCACCAUGCAGUGCGGAUCCCUGGAUAAUAACACGUCGGUGACAUGGAAGGUGAAUGGGACCGACGUGAAGGCCCAGCACAAACUAGAAGGUCCCAGACUGGUCCUGACCAAAGUAGACAGCAGCCAUAACGGACUCUACAGCUGCUUCCAGAACCCACAUGGAGAAAGACGUGACUCCAUCAACCUCCGCAUUGGCAUUCCCCCUCAAGAACUUGCCAUCACCUGUCGAUCCAACACCUACCCCAAAGGUUUCUACUGCACUUGGCAGCAGCUUCACCCGACGUUCAUCCCCACAACAUUUGAAGUCGAUGUGCAACACAACCAGCGCUCACUGGAGGUGCAGGAAGACCGCUUCCACAAGAAUCGUUGUCACGUACGCUUUCCUGAGGUAUUCUCCAUCUUUCCAUACCAAGUCAAUGUGACGGCAGUCAACGCCUUGGGGAAAGCGUCUACCACCAUUUUGUUUGAAGAGUCCAAUAUAGUCAAACCAGAUCCUCCAGAGAAUGUGAAGGCCAUCCCAGUCCGUAAUAACCCUCGGAGGUUGGAGGUUUCCUGGAAUAGCCCUUCCACGUGGCCGGACAUCAACAGCUUCCCCCUGAAAUACUUCCUCCGUUACCGGCCUCUCAUUCGGGACCAGUGGCAGCAUGUGGAGUUGUCGGACAGCACCUCUCACACCAUCACUGACGCCUACGCUGGGAAGGAAUACAUCAUCCAGGUGGCUGCCAAGGACACAGAGAUUGGAACAUGGAGUGACUGGAGCGUUGCUGUCCAUGCUACGACCUGGAUUGAAGAAAUUACCUGCACGACUGAGGUUGAACCCGUGAUCCCAGCAGAGACCAGUCCCUCCUCCAUACCAUCAUCCAAGGCACCACAAAAGGCUGAACCUCCAGUGGGCAGAGCUGCCAGGGUCCUCACAUUCUUCUCCCCGCUUCUGUUAGGGAUGCUGCUGUUGUGUUUCAUGUGAUUUAAAUGUCAUAUUCCUGAAGGGAGAGAAGUAGGAGUAGGGGGAGGCUGUCCUUUUUUCUAUUUUGCACAUGUUUCAAGGAUACAGUGCAUUGAUCAUUUCUGUCCGUCACAGUUACUCACGAGAUUACUUAGACAUAAAGUCAGACAAUGCUAAUGCGAUUCAGCAUUUUUUGAUUAAUAGUGACAAGGAAAAUUCGUCUGAGGAACUUUUUGAAAGCGCCAUCAUCAGCAAAAACAACAACAACGAUAACACCAACAACAGGAGCAGGGACAACCACAACAACAGCAGCAGCAGCGACAUUGACAUCAACAGUCUUACGUUUCCCCCUAGUGGCCGUGACAGGCUACUGCAGACUGAUUUGUUUGGGAAUCUCCUCUUCAGAGCACGUAAAUCAACUCCUCGGAUGACAAAAAAAAAGUCUCCUCAUUACUUAUUUGUUCUUUUUUUUAUUGAUUAACAGUUAGUCUUAAUUUUAACAUUCUUUUUGAGAUCGCAACUCUGCACACAAUCACACACAUAUGAUGCAUGUGUGUUUGUGUGGACAGUUCUGUAGCAGUUCCCAUACAGCUAAAUCAUCAUGCCAAAGACUCAACUAUACCCCCAAGAAAAAUGGCUCCCAAACAAUUAAUUGAGCUUCUUGAAGCCUGUGCCUGCAUUUGUCGAGGGUUGAAAACCCGGGAAAGUUUUGUAGUUGUGUGUGUGUGCGCACACAAUGCCUGAAUGAUAGUGACUCAAACAGUAUUGGAAAUCAGACUUGGGAGGAAUCUGAGGAACCCCGCAGCUCCUGUUAUCGGCUCCUGAAUCAGACUCUUGAAUCUUUUACGCCUCCGACGACUGAAUCAGACUGACAGAGCGAGUCGUUUUUGACGUUUCAAUAUGAGGACUAACACUUUGAAGAAUUCAGUAACGGUAGUCAGGCUUAUUUAGACAACUAGCUUUACAUUCUGCUUUCAGCAACUGGCAAGGAGGACAUGGAUUGUAAAAAAAACAACAAAUAAAAAAAAAAAAGAAAAGAAAAGAAAGUGGAUUUGAGUCUGAACGAUUCUUUGCCCACCCAUCUGUUUUGGUUCAAACUUUGUACUGACAAAGUUUUUUUUUUUUUUUUUUUUUUUUUCUGUUAAAACAACAUUGGUUUUUCAUUCUGCUCUGUGCUGUAAAAUAAAAUAACAAAAAAAAGUUUGCUUUGCAAAUUUUGACGCCUUUAAACAUUAAAAAGUGUCUUUUUACAGUUUACAUUUCAAUAGCCAAUAUCACAAGUUAAUAUUAUGUUAUUCAAAGGAAUAUUGAUGUGUUUUAUUGUAUUUUUUUUUAUUUUAUGGACAAUAAUAAAAACACACAUAGAGGGUUUUAGUUUUUUCCAGACAUUCAUAAUGGCUUAAUUCUCCUUGAUCCUAUUUUGUAAACUAUGAUAUGUAACUUUAACAUUGAACAAAAAGUUUAUUAUUUAAUAAUAAUAAUAAUGUAUGUACUAGCAGUAGAAUGUCGUAACCUGUACCUGGGGUCUUUUUUAUAGAUGUAUAUACAAUGACAGGUUUCAGCCAUUAAAUGUGACCAUUUCACAAUGAA